UACUUCACCAAUAAUAGCAAACUUCAUGAGAACAUCUGAUAAAAGUGCUGUCUACAUGACAGGACUUCACUCAAAAAUUCCGAGAAGAAAGACGUGCUCUUUCACCCUGGUUUGUCCAAGCUCGAGACGAAAACCGGAGGGUGAAAAUCCGACACAACAAACUUAUCGUAGACGGAGCUUCUUUUGUGUACGAUAGAAGCAAGAAAGACAUUGUUCAGGUUGCAGGUAGAACUUCCUCCUUCCCUCAUUCACCUACAAGCCAACCCUCUUCAUACACCGACGCAGCUUCAGCUACACCACGUGGAUCUUUGUUUACACCAUCAGCUGAUCGACACACCCCCGGAAGCAGAUCAACGGCAAGGGAGGCCACUCUCAAUCCGAACAAAUGAGGAAGUGGCCAAGGCCCUGAUGUAAACAAACAUGGAAUAAAUAUUCUUGUCUGGAACAUUGAAGCAAACACAAGAUCCACAGAUUAAUGAUGGAAGUUAAAACCCAGGGAAUCCUUUCCCGGUCACUGAAACAAAUGGAAUCUGUUGAAGGGGUUUGCUGAGGAGAUUCCAAGAAACAUUUUUUUUAUUGACAACUUGGAAAUAGGUUUAUCUCAUGAAGGAACCCGUUAAAUGGAACCCUGGAAACAGAUGGUUUGGAGUGAUCUGACAAAGCAGUCUCACAUACAUGUUGUGAUAGCACAGAGACAUUUUCUAAAUCUCAUGUGGGGCGACAGGGUAGCCAAAGAUUCCCCAGUAUGGGCACAGUGUGUGAAGCUCAUUUCUGGUGUCACCCUCUGUGAUAUUGUUGAAAUACUGCUAAAAGCGGCGUAAAACCAUGCUCACUCACUCACUCAUGAUCACUCUAAAUCAGCUGACUUGAAAAGGCACAUCGACUGUCAUCGUGGAAUUAAGACUUAUCAGUGUUCUGAAUGAUGGAAAACAUUCGCACCAUCAGCUUAUCUUCAGUCACACCUGAGGAUUCACAUUCAAGCCUUAUGAAUGUGUGUAAAAAUUUACACUGUUGGGUAGUCUGAGAAACACAUGAUGACUCAAAGUGGAAUCAAACCUCAUCAGUGCAUUGUGUGUGAGAAAACAUUUACACACUCAAGUGCCCUUCAGACAAACAUGAGAAUUCACACUGGAAUCAAGCCUUAUGAAUGUGUUGAAUGUGGGAUAACAUUUGCACAAUCAAGUAGUUUGCAGAACCACAUGAAGAUUCACAGUGGAAUCAAACCUUAUGAAUGUGUUGAAUGUGGGAAAAGAUUUACACAUUCAAGUAGUCUGCAGAAUCACAUGAAGAUUCACAGUGGAAUCGGUCUUCAUCGGUGCAGUGUGUGUGAGAAAACAUUUACACAAUCAUGUAACCUUCAGACACACAUGAGGAUUCACAGUGGAAUCAAACCUUAUGAAUGUGUCGAAUGUGGGAAAAGAUUUACACAUUCAAGUAGUCUGCAGAAUCACAUGAAGAUUCACAGUGGAAUCGGUCUUCAUCGGUGCAGUGUGUGUGAGAAAACAUUUACACAAUCAUGUAACCUUCAGACACACAUGAGGAUUCACAGUGGAAUCAAACCUCAUCAGUGCAUUGUGUGUGAGAAAAGAUUUAUACAAUCAGGAGAACUGCAGGUACACAUGAGGAUUCACACAGGAAUCAAACCUUAUGAAUGUGUUGAAUGUGGGAAAACAUUUGCACAAUCAAGUAGUCUGCAGAGACACAUGAAGAUUCACAGUGGAAUCAAACCUUAUGAAUGUGUUGAAUGUGGGAAAAGAUUUACACAAUCAAGUAAUCUGCAGAAUCACAUGAAGAUUCACAGUGGAAUCAGUCUUCAUCGGUGCAGUGUGUGUGAGAAAACAUUUACACGAUCAUGUCACCUUCAGACACACAUGAGGAUUCACAGUGGAAUCAAGCCUUAUGAGUGUGUUGAAUGUGGGCGAAAAUUUAGACAUUCCAGUAGCAUGCAAAAUCACAUGAGGAUUCACAGUGGAAUCAAACCUCAUCAGUGCAUUGUGUGUGAGAAAAGAUUUAUACGAUCAGUCGGACUGCAGGAACACAUGAGGAUUCACACAGGAAUCAAACCUUAUGAAUGUGUUGAAUGUGGGAAAACAUUUGCACAAUCAAGUAAUCUGCACAAACACAUGGCGAUUCACAGUGGAAUCAAACCGUAUGAAUGUGUUGAAUGUGGGAAGAAAUUUAUGCAAUCAGGUAGCCUGCAGAAACACAUGUUGAUACACAGUGGAAUCAAACCUUAUGAAUGUGUUUUAUGUGGGAAAAAGUUCACAUGGUCAAAUAAUCUGCAGCAUGUGAAGAUUCACAGUGGAAUCAAGCCUUAUGAAUGUGUUGUAUGUGGGAAAAAGUUUACAAAAUCAGGUAAUCUGCAGAAUCACAUGAAGAUUCACAGUGGAAUCAAACCUUAUGAAUGUGUUUUAUGUGGGAAAAAGUUAACACGGUCAAAUAAUCUGCAGAUGCAUGUGAAGAUUCACAGUGGAAUCAAGCCUUAUGAAUGUGUUGUAUGUGGGAAAAAGUUUACAAAAUCAGGUAACUUGCAGGCACACAUGAGGAUUCACAGUGGAAUUAAGCCCUAUGAAUGUGUUGAAUGUGGGAAAAAAUUUACACAAUCAGGUAGCCUGCAGAAACACAUGAGGAUUCACAGUGGCGUCAAGCAGUGAAGACUUACUACUGUGUUGGAUAUGGCAAAGGGUCUACAACUGUAUGCGCCCUGCAGAAAUACAUAAGGAGUCAAAGUGGAAUCCCGUCUUAUCAAUGUGUUGAAUGUGGGAAAACAGUUGCACUGUCAGAUACUCUCAGCCAGUAAACACUUCAGAAGAUUCGCAGUAGAAUCAACUUAUUGUUGAGUUUCAGUGUUAUGUAUAUAAUUUACGGUGCAUAUAUUUUGUCGUACAUUUUUAUAUUCCCAUCCCAACAAGUGCAUGUUUUAGCACAAACUAAGUCAUAAUCGAAGCUGUGAAGUAUACAAUCUUGGGUUUACCAACUCAGGCACACUUGCUUGAACAAACCCAAAGUACUCACAGCUCUCUCCUUUCUUGUUUCAAAAUAAGAAACAUUAUUCUUGAUGUUAUUUCUUUGUAAAUAUGUGUAGAAAGUGUUUGAAAUGAGUUUGACGCAAUCAUACAAUGUUAAAUCACUUUUCGAAAUACCUACCAUUGUAAAUGCAUGUUCAAAAUAACCAAUUAAUUCUUAGGCACUGUCUAGUUAAGUCUAUACACAUUGCAUCGUCAGCUUGUCCUUUUUUGUCCUUAUGUAAAUAUUUCUUUUCAAUGUUUUGAGACAUGUGUAUAUCCCCAAUAGUAGUAUAGGAAAUGACAGUUCCAUUACAGAUACCCCUGAGGGGGUUAGAUCUGUCUUUCCACAUCACCUGCCCGGUCCGUCCAACAUGUACAUGUGAUGUUAUGGGGUUCACCUUCUUUGUUAGCCACUUGGUAGAUACCGUAUGCAGAGACCAUAUACCGAGGGACGGGCCUCAGAACUAAUUAGGAACUGAUCACUGCCGCACGAGACAAAGCGAUCAUUACCAUGAUUACCGCAAGGCUUUGUGAGAUCUGCGAUAUUCGAAGGCUCACAUUGGUGUUUUUACCUUCAUCUGUAUCAUCCACGAUGCCACGAUACAAAAAAGGAUGCAUUGGAAGGCGAUCUAAGCGUUCUGGCACUAAGUCUAAAAGUGUGGAUCAGCAAUCAACUAUAAGGGAUGCAGCUUCACCGACCACACUUCAUGACAACACAACAUGUCUACCAGGAAUAUUGGAUGACAAUAUUGUUAGACAACUACAGUGGGGUGAAGCUUGGGCAGCUUUUUACAUCAGUCCUGCUGAACACCACCAAGAAGCAGUUGCAAUUGAAUCUCACAGUCAUGGUGCAUCAACAGAUUCUGACAACUGCUCUGCUAAUGCGUUUUAUGUCCUUGUGGGCAAGAUGUACCGGUACAACCCUGAUGACAAUCUGGCUGGACGAUGUUGUCACUGGCAUACUGCAUCACAGAAGAUACCAACAAUACUCAUGUUUGAAAAAUACUUUAUUUGAAGAGUAUGACCAACUUGGAGACUUCACAAUUAUCCAGACAAAAGAGGAUGUGAUAAACUUAGCUCAGUUUUAUGAGGGUUCUGACUUAGCUGUUCACAGACAGAAAAUUGGACAUGAUCAUGAUUUUUGGAUUGGUUUACCCAAGUUCUUUUCAACUCUCAAAGAUGUCAAGAAACUGCUGUCAAAGUUGUCCUCUUACCAUGUCUGCCUCGGAAAUUAUGAAGACAAAUACAGCCAUUUUGUUCAGAUAGGUGUUGGGUUGAGUCAGACUGCUGGUCCCGGCAUAUCAGCAUAUAGAGAAUGUGACUUUGGUGUAAACAUCAACGGCAUUGAAUUUAGCUCAACCAUCCGGUCAGCACGUUGUGCCCUGCUAGCUUUUGGGAAAACGAGAUGCGAACAUUGUUGUAGGUACCGUUCUACUCUCAGGAAAGUACUGUCCUGCAAUAGUGUAUCUCCUAAACCAUGUCAGCCACACCCUCACAAACUGUCUCAUAAGACACAUAAGCACAUGACAAAAAUGGAACUUGUGAACAAAUUUCAAGCUGUUAAAAAUCACAAUCAGGCACUUAAGAUCGAAUUAGGUCAACUGAAAAGAAAAGUGUUUCAUACAAUUGGGAAUAAAGGACUAAAACUAAAUACUACUAGCGAUGAGGACUUGAGACACAUGCUAAAAGAAUACAGCUCUGAGGUACAAAGAAGUUAUCCGGAUGAAAACUCUCUGCAAAGAUUAUUUUGGGAACAACAAGCAAAGUAUUCAAACCUAACCGACAAACGUUCCAUGAGAUGGCACCGUAUGGUGAUCAAAUGGUGUCUUUACUUGCGGAGCAAGAGCAGAAAAGCUUAUGACGCUGCACGGAAUACAGGUUUUAUAAAAUUGCCAAGCAAGAGAACCCUAUUUGAUUAUUCCCAUUCUUUGCCCAGCAUUCUUGGAUUCCAUCCUGAAUAUGCUGAACAUCUGAUGCAGGAAGCAAAGGCCUUUGGCAUGCUGGAGAGUGAAAGUAUCAGAAGGACUCGUAUAUAUACGACAGAUCAUCUGGGGAAUUAGUUGGAUAUGUGGACCUUGAUAAAACUGGUAAUGAACUGCUACAAUUGGAAGAUUCAUUGAAGGAGACUCAACCCCAGUUGGAAUGUGUGAGAUACCUAUUAACUAAUGGUGCUGAAUAUGUCUUGACCCAUAGAUUCAAUCAGGACCCACUUGAGGAGCAGUUUAGCCAGUAUAGACUAAAAGGAGGGGCAAAUGACAAUCCAUCAGUGUACAAUGUUAAGCACAUGAUUUCUGAGAUGCAAGUUAUAGGUUCAUCAGCUCUGCAACCUAUCAGAGGCAAUAUUUCACAGAAGAGAGGUGCAGCCGUAGCCAUUGUAACUGUUGAUGACACCCCUAUGCCAAGAAAGAAACAAAAGCGUUUGAAUUAAAAUGGUCACGUGUUCAUUCAUUAACUCAUGCAUAACAUGACAUUGAAAGGUUAAAUUGUGGUACGGCGACUCAGCAUCAGGUGUUUCAAUAAUGUUACAACAGUUAUUGUAAAUACAUAAUAUUUUCACAGUACAAUCUAGUUUGUGUUCCCAUGUUCCUUUAAUGUUCCCCUGAGCGAUCUGCUCCUUUUAACUCCUUUGCGAUUCUUAAUCCCCCUCAUUUCCUUCUGGAGCUGACGUUUUGAGUAUUUAGCUACAGCACCUCCACGUACACGGAGAAAUAAGUCCACAAUGAACUCCAAGAGCUUCAGUCCAUCCUCACAGGAGAGUAAUUUGUGCCAGUAGUAGGAGACCAUGUAGCUUGACAUUACUGUCUCUGUAAGUUUAUCACAUAAGAGAAAGGAGGCGCACAACUUUAAGUUGAACAUGCUUUCUAAUUUCAAUUUCAAAUGACCUUAUAAGUAGAUAGAAAUUGUCACUUGGGAAUUUUAGACCCCCUCUGUUCAUUUUCUCUGUCCACUUACUAAACCUGACAAUGUACUCUUCUUUGGAAGUUGCAUCAGAAAGUAAAAAGAGUUCUGCAAGGUGUUGCUCUAUAUCCAUUCCAAAGAUAGCCCUUUUCUUCAACAGAACAUGCAGUAUGUAUCCCGAUAUAUAGUACAACACUGCCUGGUCAUUGUCACUGAUUGCUGAUGCUGUUUGAUGCGACUGUUUCUGAAUGGAUUCUGACAGGUGCUUUAGCAUGUUCCUCAAGAUGCGAUCCAACAAGCACUGUGCAAAAAUGUGGAUAAUCCUGUGUGAUUCACUUGUCACUUCGACCAAAAUGUUGUGAAUGUCUGAUUGUGAGUCUUCAUUAAGUCGCAUCUGAUGAAAUUUCAUCCGUGACUGUUCUCUGUCAGACGAAAGGGAACAACCUUUUCCAAACUUGUCAAAAACUGAAUGGAAUUCCGGGUUCAGAACUGACACUAGAUUUCUGUGAACUGUUGGUCUGUCGCUGCACUUUUUGCAACAGCAACAAGAUGAGGGCCAUUCAAUGAACAUGAAGCUUCGUUCAUAGGAUCAAGGAUUAUUGUUGAUAAAGACUUUGGUAGGACUUCUGUAAGAAUACCCCGCAUGUCGACAUCUGUUGGCAAGAAAACUGGUGUGUUUUCCUCUCUACUGUGAGUAUCCGUCCUGUCUGCUGAAGGGGGGUUGUCUUUGUUUUUGACAGUGGAGCCCAGUCGAUGUUCAUGUGCUAAAAUGAAAAAAAAGUAUUGACAUAUUCAAAUGAUGCAUAUUGACUGAUGACGUAGCAUUAAUGUGAGAGUUUCAUUGGACUUCACCAAAGAUAGUCAAUAUAUAAUUUAAGAGAAAGUAUGUUAACUCAUGGCAGUUGCUGAGGUAUACAGUUAAUAUGAAGGAAAUAGUGGAAUUACCGGUAAGAAAUGGUGGCCUGAGAUAAAUCAUUUAAAUAUAUUAUUGUUUUCACUAAUGUGAAGUGAACACAUGCUAAUGGUGACAACCGGGAUGAAACUACAUGUAAGUAUCUGAGAAAUGUGUAUAGUUUGAUCAAUUUAUGAUCAGUGUCACUGUUGGAAGAAAUGUGUUAAAAUUGUGUACAUUUUGUAAAUAUUGAAGAUGCCCUAAGACAUUAGCAUAUCAUUAUUUGAUUUUACAAAUCGGAGAUUGUUUUCGGUACCUCAUAUGGUACAUAUAUAUACUCUGAUACAUUGAAUAAAUUGAAUGCUUACCUUUAA